UCAUAAACUAUACUAUAAAAGAAUUAUCUCUGGCUUUUAGCGUCAGUUAUGGUCAGCUAUGGCUCAACAUAGAAAGAGCUGGGGGUCAUACACCCUAGUUUUUGUGCUUGUGUUGCAGUGCGCUUUAGCUAUUGACAAUUGCAGAACUGGAUGUGCCAAAGAUUCUGGACUUUUAAACCUCAAACCCGGAACUACUUACAAAUAUGAUUACGACGGCAAAAUAAACAUCCAACUAUCUAGCGCAGAAAACCAACAAACGUCCACAGAAGUAAAGGCUCAAGUUCUUUUGACUCAACAACCUGAUUGCAGCCAAAUUCUGAAACUGCAAAAUGUUCAGAUUAUUGGACCCGAUGGAAAAAAACGUGUUGGUAUUCCUGAUGUCGAGAAACCCAUUGUCUUGAACAGCAAUAAUGGAGAUAUCAGCGAAUUCAUUUGCACCGAGAAAGGGGACACCCAAAACUCUCUCAACAUCAAGAGAGCCAUUGCCUCACUUUUCCAAACCAAUCCAAAUAAGAAUUCAGAAAUUGAUGUUUUCGGCCAAUGUCCAACCCAAAUAUCUAAAACUCAAGAGGGCGAUGUUGUUACCAUUACUAAAUCGAAGAAUCUCAACAAAUGUGCCUUCAGAGAAUCUAUCACAAAUAGCUUCCUGAGCUCUGCGUUCGAUAUAAACAGUAAAGUUCAUUCAAGCCCAGUACUUGACUCUUACUUAAAUAUCAAGCAGAAGAUCAAGGCAGGAGUUUUAGACUCCGCUAACGUCGUCGAGAAUUACCUAUUUGUUCCUUUCUCAGUUGGUCAGAGCGGAGCCAAAGCUACUGUUGAAUCUAACCUUGUACUGACUGGAACAGGACAUGACAAAUCAUCAACCAAAUGCCAAGUACCCAAGUCCAUCAUCUUCGAGAACCCUCAUCCUGUCAAUCUACAGAAGACAAACGUGAACGUCAUUCUCAAGAAAGUCAAAGAAAUUUCCGAAAAACUUCAAACCAACGUUGAAGACUCGACAGCCAUUCAAUUCAUUGAUUUGGUGAAACUUCUCAGAGUCAGUAAGAAAACAGAUAUAUUGUCUGUUUACAACCAAGUGAGGUCUGGUGUCGGUUUCUCCGAUAAAAAUGGUGCUAAAAAAAUCUUCCUCGAUGCAAUUUUAACUGCAGGAAAUGGUGAUACUAUUCAAGUCGCUAUUGAACUUUUGAAGAACAAGGAACUUGGUGUUAUCGAAGAAAAACAAUUGUACUUUGGUCUCACAAGAGCAAGGCAUGUAACCGAGGCUUCUGUUAAAACUGCAACAGAUCUCUUGAAUAGGCCUAAUUUACCACGUGAAGCAUAUCUUGGAAUUGGUGCUCUUGCAGGAAGAUACUGUGCCCAUCACUCAUGCGAAAAUGUAGAUGUUAUAAACAGAAUCAUUCAGAAGUUCUUGGGUAAAUUGGGAGAUCUCAAAGCAGCCAACAGAAAAGAAGAAAGUGAAAUGAUCUUUGUCCUCAAAGGUCUAGCUAAUAUUGGAUACCUCAACGACGCUGUUCUCUCCAAACUUGUCUCUUUGGCUGAAGAUAAAAAACAACCAAUUCGCCUGAGAGUUGCUACGUUAGAAGCAUUUUCAGCUGCUCCAUGCAAAGAUAAACUGAGAGAUAGCGCCUUGAAAACUUUGAAAGACAUCCAACAAGACUCUGAAAUCAGAAUUAAGGCUUACCAAGUUCUGGCACAAUGUCCAAAUGACAAAAUAGGAAAUGCCAUCAAAGUUCUUCUGGAGAAUGAACCAAGCAACCAAGUUGGCGGUUAUAUUGCUUCUCACAUCAGGAACAUCAGAUCGUCAGCUAAUCCUGACAAAGCGUUGGCCAAGACUCAUCUAGGAUUUAUACAUACCCCAUCCAGAUUCGUGGUAGAUCCAAGAAAAUACUCAAUCAAUGGUGAAUUGUCACACUCUGUUGACGCCUUGGGUGUUGCCAACACCGCCGAAGGAGACAUUAUUUACUCUCAAAAUUCUUGGUUACCGAGAUCAGCAGCAUUAAACCUAACAGCUGAAGUUUUCGGACAAAGAUUCAACUUCUUAGAAAUCGCUGCAAGGCAAGAGAAUUUGGACAAAGUUCUGGAACAUUAUUUAGGACCUCAGGGUGUUCUCCGUAAGGCUACUCUUCAACAGAAUUGGGAUAGUGUUUCCAAACCAGUUCAAAGCAUUCUCAAGAAUUUGAAGGAAAAAGUGGAUAAAUCUUUGAGAGCUCGUCGUGAUGUUUCUAAAGCUGAGAUCGAUGAAAUCAACAAAAAGGUCCACAUUCAAUCCAAUGAAUUAGACAAAAAUUUCGAUUUGGACUUGAGCAUCAAAAACUUUGGAUCUGAGAUCAUUUUCAUGAGCUCAUUCGACCUUACUGAAAAAUUAUCUAUCCAAAACGUGAUUGACAAUCUAAUCAAAAAACUGAAUGAAGGAUUGGAUAAUCUGAAGAGCUUUGAGAAAACUUUGAGAGCUAAUUUGUUAUUGCUUGAUGCUGAAUUGUCGUACCCAACCUCCCUUGGAUUUCCUUUGAGACUUGGACUUGAUGGAGCUUCAAACAUUCAAAUCAAAGCAGAAGGAAAUAUUGAUGUCCGUGAUCUUUUGGCAAAGAGUGAUGGUAACGAUGUUAACUUCAAACUAUCUCUUAUUCCUAGUGCAACCAUCACUAUCGUCGGAAGAUUCAGUUUGGACACCCCUCUCUUAGAAAAUGGGCUCAAAGUUGCCUCAACUAUUCACACUUCCAGCGGGGGUCAAUUGAUAGUUAACACCUUCAAAGGUGGUUUAGGUUUGGACGUUAAAUUCACAACGCCCGUUGAGAAACAAGAACUCAUUGGUUUCAAACACGAAAUAAUCUUCCAAAGCAAAGAAAACGGUGUUACCCUCCACAACCAACGCCUGAAAUUCUCACAGAAUAAGGAUUUCUCCAUCUGUAUUGACCACUUAGUAAAUUAUGUCGGUUUGGAAUUCUGUGCUGAUAUCAAUGGGCCCAAUUUAUCUGGAAAGAAGGUGCCAAUACUUCCAUUCCCAUUCUCAGGAGAUGCCAAAGCCAGUCUCAGAAUUGAAAGAGGAGACAUCGAUACCUUCCAUUAUAGAAGGGAAUUCAUUACUGGCAGUAAAACUGGAAUCGAAGCAAUUCUCGAAACUUAUGGAAAAUCAACAAAGGGAGUUAGCUUGAAAGUAGAAGGAUACAUUGCACCAGAACAAUACCUCAAAGUCAAUUUCAACUCUCCCAUAAAGAAUGGUGAAGCCGAAGCCCGUAUAGUAUCUAACAAUAAAGAAAAACUGAUUUCUGCUUAUGUUAAGGAUGAAGUCAGUGUAUACUCCGCUAAAGCCGGCAUUACCAUCGAAGGUGGUGGUGAUAAGGUUAUUUAUAAGCCAAUUCUGGCAUACACCACCCCUGGGAAAAAUGGACCUCAAGUUCCACCAUUCCAUGUGGAAGGUAAAAUCAUAGCUGAACAUAAGGGCAGUGAUGUCAAAUAUCACUUCGACAAUCUGAAAUUGGUCAUCCCGGGCAAGAAAGACAUAAGUGUUAAUGGUCUUAUCGGAAGUGAUGGACCUGGUUACCAGGCUGAUGUUACAGUUUCUGAUGGAAGCAAUUCUGCAACAGUCAAAGGACAUCUCAUUGCCCAACCUCAUUUGCUCAAGCUCGAUGCUCAACUGAAAAACUCACUAAAUCCAGAUCUCAAUUUUAAUUUCAAGGGUGAAUUCAAGAAAAAUAAGGACCUUGAACUGAUCUCUAGUAACAUCCAACUCACCCAUGGUGCUGACCUCAACUCUAAAACUAAAACUUUAACCUUAGUCAAUGUGUUCAGCUUGAAAAAUAUUGGCAAAGAUGCCCACCUUAUUACCAAGAAUAAAGUUACAUAUCCUCUUUUGAAAAUCAAUGCCAAAUUCGAUUUGGAAAGGACUACCAAGUCAUUGGACUACAACACACUUCUACACUAUGGCGAAAUCAAACUUGGAUCCGAACUGAAGAUCCACAUCAAUGGCAAACAUGUUGGUGACUAUCAACUGGAAUUCAAAGCCAAUGGUUUGAAGAACCACAUUGAAGUAAAAUCUUCAAGGCAGGUUGUAACCAUAGAUGAAUCAAAGAUUGCCAACUCAAUCUCCUUGAAUGGAAAGAAAUUGGAGGUCAGCGGUAAGGUUAAACACCGUGUUAAACCACAUGAUAUCAAUGUUGGGUCUGAUUUGAUGAUCAAAAUACCAAACAGCAAAACUCCAUACAAGCUUAAUGAAGGAUGCAGAAUUACCUCGAAAGAUGUAGAAAUCUACGUUAAGCUCCUUUCUGGAACUAGUCCAUUGGUUGAUACCCUUUUAAAGGCUAACAAUGUUGGAAACGUGAAUGGCCAUAUCAAGGUUGAUUUUAAAGAAAUUCUUCAUAUAAACGGAAACAUCAAAGCUCAAAAGGGAGUAGGAAAUGGAAAUAUCUUGGUAGAUGCAAAAUCUUUCAAGAAAUCAGCUAAAUUAGAAACGUCUUUCAAUAUCCAUAGCCCAUCUUAUAAUGUAGACAUAACAUUAUACCCAGUUUUCAACGUAGACAAAAACAAGAAAAUAUCUCUAUCUACCAAGAAUAAAUUCACCGGACUGGACCUCGAUUCUUCAUCUACAUUGGAUGUGCUUGGUAGUAAAAUUAUCCUGAACGCUAAAGCUCAUCUUGGCAAUCCAGUUAACGGAAAAACUCUGGUAGAUGUUGAUCUCACCCUUCCAUCUCAACAAUUUUUGGCUGGAAAAAUUGUUCGUGAGGCUUCUAACAACAAUGGUUUGAUGAACAUUGACACCUUAAUCUCCCUGGAACAAAGAGAUGCAAAGACUGCUCCCGGACGUAAAAUUGUAGUUAAAGGAAUCGCUAAGAAUAGCAACUUCAAAGAAGGAAUCUUAGAUUUGACCAUAAAUGUAAAUGCUGAUGAUUCCAAAGGUCGCAAUGGCAACGUCGACCUAACUAUCAAGAGAAAGAAGAUUGGAGACAAAUGGAAUGUCGAUAUAAAUAACAAAAUAACUGGUUCUUUAUUGAAGCAUCCAAUAGAAACCGUAUUCAAUGCCGAAUAUGAAAUCUUAGCAGGAAAUUUCAAAGUGAAAACAAGUGCUUGCCCAAAAAGCUAUAUUCAAGUACAAGGAAAAUACGAUCUUUACGGCAAGAAGAAUCCUAUUUCUGGAGAAGUCAGCUUUGAAGUUGGAACACCACUUGAAAUCCUAUCCAACCUAAAAACCACCCAAGCUUUCAAGAUUUCAAACCUUGAGUCGAAUCCUGUUUCUGCGGAAAUUUCUGGUUCCCUCAAAACAGUCAGCUCCAUUCCACAUUUGAACAUCGAUACCAAAGGAAAUCUCAAGAUUGAAGGAAACAAAAAUGUUGGCAAUAUCGAGUUUGAUGCUCAGUUGAAUAAGCCUGUUCAAGUAUCCCUCACUGGCUCUGGAAACUUCAAUAUUGACUGGAUAAAACAAGCUGGAACUAUUAAAGGAGAUUUUAAGGCUGUUCUUCCACAGCAAAAGAUAAUUCAAGGAAGUGCACUUCUAACGAGAAGCGGUCCCAAGGCUUAUCAUCUAGAAGCCAGCGUACAACUACCAAUUGAAAAUCACAAAUCUAAUAAAUUAAUAGUAGAUACUAAACACGAUGGAAAGGACAUCAGCAGUCAAGUCCAACUGAUAUCUGAUGGGCGAAAAUAUCUAUUAAAUACUGAACUCAGCUUAAAUGAGAAAGCACCAAGUAUAAGUUUGAAAUUAGUUCAGCCUGAUGGAAAAAUCAGUGAAGUCAGUGCAAAUAUAAAUAGGCCUAGCAAUUCCAGAGUUUCGGCAAACCUAAAGGUGUUAUGUGAAUGCAAGAAUUACCUGCUCCAAGUUGGUUUAGAUGUAAAUACCGAGAGUACAGACAAUUUCUACUUCCAAGUUACAGCCAAUUCACCCAACCUUAACAUCAAUGACAUCCUCGUGAAGAUUGGCAGUACUACAGGAAACAACAACUUGGACGUUUUGAUCACAUCAGCGGGAAAGAAUAUUGUUUCUGGAAGCGCGACAAUAUCAUCACGUCAAGAGCAUGGAAAAUUGAUCAUAGAAGGAUCCGGAAACUUCAAAUUGAAAGAUAAGAAUCAAUCAGGAAACUUCAAAUACAUCAGAACUUCCCUGACUACCGAUAAAAAUGGGGAAACUGGCGAAGAGAUAACUUUUGAUGCCACUCUUGGAAACAAAGCACUUGAUGCAGAGCUAAAACUGACAAACAAAGAAUUCAGAUACUUGAAUUCUUACUGCGAGGAAUCAAAACAAUGCGCUCAUAUCGAAGUCAAUGCGAAGACAGAAGUUAAUGAUCUCGAACAUUUCAACAACCAAAUCGAAGUUACCAUCGAUCUUCGUGCCUUAGGAGUACCAAAUGAGUUUGGACUUAAGGCAGUCACCAAAAGAGACAAGUUUGUUUUAGACCAUACUGUAGAUAUUCACUUCGAAAACGCUCUUAAUAAAUAUCAAUACAGCGUUUAUAUCCAUCCAAAACAAGCUGGUAUCUCUUUGACAACACCUAAGAGAACAAUCGCACUAGAAGCUAAUGGAGAUGUAGAAGAUUUCAGCCUUCAUGAAGGAGGUAAAGCAAAUGUAGAGAUCGCUUUCUACACAGACAAGAAGAAUAAACCAAACUCUAAAUCUUUACUCAAGGGUCUCAUCAAUAUAAUUAUACCAAAGAAACACAUUGACGCAGAGCUGAGUUUGAUUCUCAUUGGACAAAACAAGCCUCUUAGCAUAAAAUAUACCAAAGAUGCUAAACAAGAAGGUUUUGCCUCUCAAGGCUCUGAAAAUCUCAUCCUGGAUAUAUUUGCUGUUUCAGAAAAAAAAAUUGUUAUUUCUCAGCAAUAUUCAGCCAAAUUCACAAGAGAAACUUAUAAAUUCGAAGGCGAUUAUUCACUGACUGCCAAAAGCACAGGAUUAGGCAUCGAUAUAAGCGUGAAGAGAAAUGCAUUAUUCGAUCCCAAAUCUUUCCUUGCUAGCUUUGAGAGUUCUAGCACUUUCAUUAUAAAGAAAAUAAGACACGAUUCAAUCCUUAAGCUCACAGCAACACCUAAAAAUAUAAACGUCUUGCUGAAACUCCUUGACAAGAUCAUUCUUGAGGUUAAUUCUGAUAUCCUCAUACAGAAAGGACUAAUCACGUCCCACACUCUCAUCACAGGUCUUGGACUCAAACCUGUAGUAUCGAACCUGGAAAUUAUAGACUACAACACAAUCAAAUUAACGGUAUUCUUGAAAGAUGAUGAAAAUACUAAACUAUUAGUCAGUGCCGCUUUGAUACCUGGACAAAUUGCCGAUGCUCGGGCUAAUUUCGUGAAUGGAGGAGCUAAAAAAGAACUCUUCCAUGCCACCCUCCAACUCGAUGAAAAAAAUUUCCUCCACCCAGACUAUGCUUUCAACAACAACAACAUACAAGAAUUCGCAGCUAAGGCUAGAGAAGUUUCAGAAGUAGAGUUGAAACAACUGUCGGUGAACAUCAAGGAAGGGUCACAAGUACUCACUAAUGACCUGAAACAGGCAGUGGAAAUUGUUAAGGAAACCAUACCUGAUGCAUCGAAAACGCAACAGUUCUACCAAUCAGAGUUGAACAAAAUAAAGGAAGAAAUAACUUCUGACAAAUCUUUGGUACACUUUGUUGAAAUUCUGAAAAAUACCAUCAACGUUUUAGUGUCAACCAUAUCUGAGAUCAUCACUGAUGUGAGCCUUAUCGCAGAGAAGGUUUGUGCUGCUCUUAAUGGUGCUUUCUCAGGAACUAUCCAGACCAUCCAAACAAAAAUCCUCCCCAAACUGAAGGAAAUUUCAGAAGAAUUGGCUUCAGCGCUCAAAGAUAUCAAAGACAAAUUAUCUGAUAUAAUUUUCACUUUAAUUAGUAAAGCUACUGAAAUCGUCGAGAUUAUACAACCACAGCUCAAGGCUAUCGCUGCCACAUUAUCAGAAGUAUCUGAGGAAAUACAGAGAUUUAUUGUCAAGUCAUACGAGAGCAUAAAAGCCGCUAUCUUAGAAGAAAUCCAACACAUCAAGGAUGAAAUCAAAGCUUCCCCUCUCAUUGCUAAGAUUAAAACUCAAAUCGACGUUAUCAUAAAGGAAGGGCUACCCUCUCAAGAAAUCAUAGUCAACACUCUCAAAGCUGCCGCUGGGGCUAUGAAAGAAUUUGUUGUUAUUCCAGAGUUCCAGAAGGUGGUUGAACUGAUUGAGGAAUAUCUUGAGAAGAAAAUAACAAACAAGCCUGUAGACGACGUUCAUGAGAUAGAAAAAAUUGUGAGGGUCUCCAUCCAGGGUCUGCAGAAGUUGACAUCAGCUUUCACCAAAGAAAUUAUUCCUGAUAUCUCCAACAAAUUUAGAGUCCCUUCAAUCAACCUUGGACUCCUGAACAGAUUCAGACUAGAAAACGGCGAUAUCAAGAUUUCUGCUGUUGAUUAUUUAUUGAAAGAAGAUACCAAGCCCCUGCUCAAGUUCUUAUUGAGACUUGUUUUCGUACCAAAGGACUUCCUAAUUCCAAGACCAUUGUUUGGAGCAAUAUCGUCAGAGGUGUUCACAUUAGACGGUAAAGUCUUCAGUUUGCCUCGAAGCUGUAGUUUCCUCCUUGCAAAUGACGCUGUAAAUGGUAAUUUCACAGUCGUUGCCGAGCGUACUAACAAGAAAUUGACUGCAGUUACGUUCAGUGAUAAGUCUGCAACAAUAACAUUCAAAGCAGGAAAGAUUCUGUUGAAUAAUGUUGAAACUGAUCUUCCUAUCGAGAAAGGAGGUGUACACGUACACUACUUGCCAAGUAUGUAUGUACUCGAAAGUCCAGUGGGUGUGAAAGUCUUCUGUUCCUUGACAAUGGUAGGAUGCACUGUUCAAAUAUCUGGUUUCUAUCAUGGACAACUUAGAGGGUUGUUUGGAAACGGUAACAACGAAGAAUUCGACGAUUUCAUCCAACCAAAUGGCAAAAUCACCAGCUCUGCAUCAGAGUUUGUGUCUUCGUACGCCCUAGGCAAGCAGUGCUCAAAUGUAAAAUCUUUAGAGGGUAAAGACGCCAAGCCUGAUCCGAGAUGUGAGAAGUUAUUCAGCUGGGACUCUCCAUUGAGCAUUUGUUAUCCAUUCGUGGACCGCAACGUGUUCAAAAGAGGUUGUGAAGUUGCUCUUGAAACUGGAAACAACGAGAAUGUUCUCGAAACCUAUGCAUCCCACUACACAUAUGCGUGUUGGAAAGAUAACAUUCCAAUGAAUACGCCCCCUGAACAUGACCUGAAAUGCAAAAACUCUUUAGUACCACACAAUACCGGUGAGAAAUUCCAAGUAAAACUUCCAGGGAAAUCAGUUGACAUUUUACUAGUAGUCAAUACGGAUAAAAGCAGUGAAAUUUACUACAAAGAAUAUAUACAACCUUUAGUCGGUAAACUGACCGACGAAUACAAAUCCAAAGGAAUCACCGAUUUAACCUUCCAAAUACUGACAUAUGGAGGUGAACACGAAACAACGACCUAUGUUACUGUCAACAGCAAAACAUCCUUCAAGGGUAACGCACCUAACCUCAAAUUCUCAGAUAAGCCGAAACCUUUCAAACUUGUAACUGGUAUUCAUGAUAUUGACUCAGUAGUAAGGCAUAUUGCUGUGGCAUUAACAGAAUUGAAAGUUGCUAUCGGAGGACAUCUUCCCUUGCCUUCUCAUUUGGAAGGCGUAACGUAUCCAUUCAGAGCUGAGGCUUCCAAACAUAUCGUCUACUUGUCAAAUGAACCAUGCCCAUACACUUCCUUUAUCACUCUGUUAUUGGCACGUUUACCAGUGGAAAUAAAGAAUGAGCUCACUUUGACUUACAUUUCCCCACUUAACUUGAAGACUAAGGACUCAAAGACUACGAAAGAAAUCAUAGGAUUCAACUCGAAGAAAGUAUAUACUCUCUCCAAUCCAUCUGGAACAUCCCAGUUGAACGAUGGAUUAAUUUACGAGAAUAUCUGCGCUGACCAAAUCGUUGCGGUUGGCGGUAGCAAUUUCGUUGGAGAGAACUUGUUGGCCAAUAAGAACGACAAACAGAAGAUACUGGACAUAAUAUCAAAGGAUAUAGUAACUCAGACUCUUGAAAAUGAAGUAGUUGUCGAAUGUACUUGUGGCUACUCCUACCUCAAUCUGUUCAUUCCUCAAAAUAGGUGCAGAGGUCUCAGAUAAGUUCAGAAAAUAAUUUUCGAUAUUAUAUGCCAAUAUCAACAAAGUAUUCAGUCCACACAAAUGUAUAUUGCAAUAUCUACAAGAAAGUAUUCAUGCUUCACUUGACUGUUAAGAUUGACACAUAUAAUAUAGGUUACGAAUGUUUGAAUUUUAUAUUUUAUAAUAAAUAUUAUUUACAAUAAA